AUGGGAAACUGUUGUACAACUGGUGGUAAAUUAACCGGAGGAUUCGGUCAAGGUACCGAAAAUUCCGGUCGUAUAAAUUUGAAAGACAGAAAUCGUACAAGUUUUUACGAUCGUAUGUUGAAUUGUGAGUAUAUUCGACCUAAGAUAUGCGAUGUAUUCAAUGAAAGGCUGGGUCAACCUGUAUGGGUACAUAACGGGAAUGCUAGCAUCGCUCUGGAAGACCAAAGUUCAUCCCCAGACAAUGAUUCCGGUUAUUCUAGUGAUUGGGAGAAUGAUACUAGGAGUUUUGUAGUACACUGCCGGUCAGCUCGCAGUAGCGAUCCGAGUGACAGUAGUACUCCCACUAGGCUCUCAUUUCAUCCUAAAAUGUUUGAUCUUAUGUUAUCUAAGGACAUUUGGUUAUCACGUGUUAUCACUGAGUACAAGAUGAACACUCGUUAUAACAUAAUUGCUGAUGCCAUUGGCUUUGGUGUCGGAGGGUCUGUACGUCAAGCGGUUGACAAGAAAUCACACCGUACCUUUGCUCUCAAGAGUUUAAAAACCGAUUGUACAACAAGGAAAAGGGUAAUGAGUUCAUUUAAUGAAGUUAUUAUCUAUACACAAUUGGACCAUCCUAAUAUCGCGUUCCUUCACGAGGUUUAUGAGGAGCCUGGAUUCUGUCACAUUCUUAUGGAAUAUUGUACUGGAGGUGAAUUAUAUGAUCGCCUUGAUAGAUAUAAACGUUUUGCUGAGGGUUACGCUAAAAGGGUCACUGUACAAAUGUUACUUGCGAUUAACUAUCUCCACUCUAAUGGUAUCUGUCACCGUGAUUUGAAACUUGAGAAUUGGGUCUUUUCUACUCCAGACAUGGGUGCGACGCUCAAAAUGAUCGAUUUUGGUUUUUCUAGGCUCUAUGAAGACGGUGUUCCCAUGGCUGGUACUCAUGGUACUGUAUACUAUGUUGACCCCGAGGUGAUAGACGGUUGUUACAGUGAGAAGUGUGAUAUUUGGAGUACUGGUGUUAUAGUAUACAUGUUACUUUCGGGUUCUCCUCCUUUUAACGGUGAGGAGGACAAGGAGAUAUUGUGGAAGAUAAAGAAGGGCAUCCUUAAAUUUGAAGGCGUCCGGUGGUCAAAGAUUUCACAAGAUGCCAAGGACUUUAUAACACUGUUACUCAAUAGGGACAGUAAUCAUCGUGCGUCAGCUAUAGAAGCGUUGAAUCACCCAUGGUUGGAUGAUGAGUUGCAAAAUUUUGAUUCCAGUUCUCUCACACCAGAGGUAUUGAGACAUAUAGUGGAGUUCAGUAAGCGUCCUCCCAUGUACCGUGCGCUAAUGGCCUUGUGUGUUUUGGAAGCAGACAGGCAUAUCCAUCAGGAUGUUUAUCGUCUAUUUUUUGCCAUAAAUACAUCGCUGAGUGGAACGAUAACAUUAAAGGAAUUUAGCGAUGUUUUGGCUGAGUACCUUAAGCUUGAUGAAAGUGAAGCAGCGGCUGUGUUCGACGCCAUAGCAUUCCGCGGUACAGCUACAAUGCAUUACACUGAAUUCGUGACUGCCGUAUAUGGUUACCACGCCGAGUUGGAUAUGAAUCUGUUAUGCCAGGUAUACUGCAAGCUGGAAGCUUUAGGUAAUGGUCGUUUAGAUGAAAAGACACUGGUGGCGUACAUUGGUGAAAGAUUCAGUGGCAUCCCCGUUAGCAAGUUAUUUCGCCAUCUUGACGUCGACAAUAAGGGUUUUAUUGAACUGUCUGAGUUGCGUGACUGCCUCGUGGGCGUACAUUAG